AUGGUUCUUCCCGGCGAUGCUAGCAGCAUGGUGAAGGAGAACCCAGCGUGGAUUAACAACAACAACACGUUCUGGACUUAAACGGUUAUUUGUUUGUAACUGCCACCUCGUCGUUUGAGGUCUGACCACCUUUAACCCCGAUUAGUCGAAGAAAAAGCGGCAGAGAUUCCGUUACAAGAUGCCUCAUCGAAAGAAGAAGUCGUUCAUCGAAAAGAAGAAGGCCGUGACCUUUCACCUCGUCCACAGGAGUCAGAGGGACCCGCUGGCUGCCGAUGAGAAAGCCCCCCAGCACGUCCUCCUGCCCGCCACCAAGGACACGGAAAAGAGGCAAGAGGAGCAGAGGGAGUUCGGCGUUUUCUUCGACGACGACUACAACUACCUGCAGCACCUGAAGGAGGCCGUCGUCACCAACGAGCUGGUGGCAGCGCCGCCGGCGCACGCCGAAGGGCGACCGGGUCAUCUCCGCGAUGGAGACGCCGAAGACUCGGAGGAGGGCGACGUUCCUGCCUCGAGCAUCAACCUGCCGUCCUCAGUGUUCGCCUCAGAGUUUGAAGAGGAGGUGGGACUCCUGAACAAAGCUGCUCCCAUCUCAGGGCCUCGGCUGGACAUGGACCCCGACAUCGUGGCCGCUCUCGACGAAGACUUCGACUUCGGCGACCCCGACAACCUCCUCGACGACGACUUCAUCGUCAAGGCCAACGCGGCGGGUGGAGCGGCGGGCACGGGAGGUGACAGCGACGAUGAUGACGAUGAUGAGUGGGAGGACACAGACGAGGAGGGGGGCUUCGGCUCUGAAGGGGGGCUGUCGGGCGACGCUCGAGAGUUUCUGUUCGCGGACGAGGAGACGAAGACUCGCUUCACGGAGCACUCGAUGACGUCGUCGGUGAUGAGGAGGAACGAGCAGCUCACCCUGCUGGACGACCGCUUCGAGAAGUUCUACGAACAGUUCGAUGACGAUGAGAUCGGCGCUCUGGACAACGCCGACCUGGAGGGCUUCAUCCAGCCGGACAGCGCUCGCCUGGAGGAAGUGAUCAAAGACUACUUCAUCCAGAAGGGGAAAGAAUACUUGAGGCCCGAUGACUUGGGUCCAAAGGAACUUCCUGUCCUGAAGGAGGAGGACGAAGACGACGAAGACGAGGAGGAGGAAGAGAUGGAAAUACUUGUGAUCACGGCUCCUCAAGAGAAGUGGGACUGUGAAACCAUCGUCAGUACAUACUCCAACAUAUACAACAAACCCAAAGUCAUUCAAGACCCACCAAAGACGAAGCCGAUCCGGGUGUCCCAGAAGACGGGCAUCCCUCUGGACGUCCUGCCCACCAAAGGCCUCACCGCCAAGCAGGCGGAGCGCAUGACGAUGAUCAACGACUCGGACCUGCCGCGAGUCUCCACGCAGCACCGAGACAAGGAGGAGAGCACGGAGGAGAGGAAGGCGAGGAAACAAGCCAUCAAGGAAGAACGCAAGGAGCGGCGUGUGGAGAAGAAAGCCAACAAGACGGCCUUCAAGGAGGAGAAGGUGCGACAGGAGAAGCAGAUGGUGAACCUGAGGACGAACGUCCAGGGCAUGAAGCUCUAGGGGGAACACCCCCCCCCCUCUGCCCCCCCCCCCCCGCCCCCCCCACAGACUGCUUUUAGUUUGAGCCGCCGACACGAGUUCCCUCAAGUCAUCCGGAGAAGAAGUUCCUUUUUCUCGGCUUUUAGAUAUUAAAAGAUCUUUUUUUAAAAGCAGCCAAAAAGUGAAAGACAUCUUUGUGUUCCGGCCGUGUUGUUUACGAUAAACAACACACCAAGAGAUGACGUGUAAACAACAACACACCAAGAGAUGACGUGUAAACAACACACCAAGAGAUGACGUGUAAACAACAACACACCAAGAGAUGACGUGUAAACAACAC